AUGUCUCUCCUGAGUUUAUCCUCGCGUCAACCAGACCUUCUUGCCAAGCAAGCUCCACCCGACGAGUUUAAGCAGUUCCCCACAGUCCCACGACUCAACUUGGAAGCACCCAAGAAUGCAGCAGCUGCAGUCCCACACGAACUUGCCGCUGAAGGAUCUCGUAUACGAAACAAAGUGGCCGACUAUAUCAAUGCACAGAGUAUGCUUGCCGGAACUGCAUACGCUGAACAACUAAUU